AUGUCAGAUUCAGGCACGGUUCUUGGAAUACCCGUGCCCGGCUGUGCUCGAGUGCUGGCUGGCACAACGCCGGCGUAUCCGUCACAUCAAGGUGACGAGCUUGCACCGGGUUUACUCAUCGCAUUUGGCAAGAAAUUCAACAAGCCCAGGCACGAGAUCAAGUACGAGAGUCAACUAUCGUAUGGCUUAUCCGACAUUGUCAUCUUGCUGGAGCGUCCGUACGUUGAAGACUACCACGUAAAUUUCGAGACCAUCGUGCAGAAGUCACCCACGCUACGCGCCGUGGACGAACUUAUCAGGUUUUCUUCGUGCGGAGCCAGGAGCAUCUUUACCGUUACUGUUUUAAACACCUUUCCAAUGCAGCCAGACAAGAAGGACAAGUCCCUCGAUGAGGCAUGUCACAGAUUAGUGGGCCAAGUUUUGCAGUCUUUUCACCCUUCUUGCGCCGUGAACAACACAGAUUGUCGACCCGAAUACCGGGCGCUUCUUAUUCAUCACUUUCUGGCGGCUUUUCGGGCGCUCCUUGGUCAUCAUACCGACCUACCGGAAUAUGUCGAGCCCAUCCGACAACUGUGUCUUCAGAGCGGCCAACGGAGAACCAAGCCGAGGCUGUACUCUUGGCAAGCUGCGGAACAUAUCGAGGAAGCCAUUUGCAGGGGAUACAUAGGGCCUAAUGAUGGCAGAGGCGGUCACAGAAUGGAGAUUCAGAACAAACCACGAAUGGAGAAGCUACAGGGUCGGGCCAAGGUGGUCUGCCGAAUGUACUCGAAGCUAGAGGCCCUCGCACAAGGCAAAUUCAACCCCGGUGCUCUGGCUCUGGCCAAAAUUAUGACCUUCUUCUGGAAGGAUCACUUCACUCCUGAGCCGAUCUUUCAGCAAGUCUUGUUUCUGCUCCAAACACAGGGUAACAGACAGUCCGGUUGGUUUGCAUCGCGUCCACCGGAAAGCGAAACGGAUACGUUGGCCUCCGUCGUUGACAAUUUCACGGCACUCAAACUAAACGAGGCACUUGGGCAUGUCAGCGACGGCUCAGCCACAGAUGGGAAGCAACGGUUCAACGCGGUGAUAGGAGCGACGAAAAGCUACCUGACCCAGUCCAGUGUCAUGGAACUGAUAACCACCUUCCGCAUUGCCAGCAGUUUGAGAUAUUGCGAAACGAUGGCAGACUUGCCUGCGGGGGAGAACCUUGAGUUUGUGCUGCGCUCUUCGCAGUUUUGGCAGCUCGAGGAACUGCAUGGAAGCGUCUCUACAUGA